UAACAAAAGCGAUUAGUACUGUUACACGUACUUUUGAAACUGUAAUAUUUUUCUCGUCAUUUUCAACUGAAAACGUAGAUUUCUAACCAUAGGUCCACCAAAGUGUGCUAUGUCAUUACAGGAAAUUGUCAUCCGAUGUUCCUAACAAUUCUUAUACCAGCAUAGAAGUCGCCAAUAAAUUUAGAAUGUUCGAACUGUCACACUUUUAACUAUUUAUAAAAAAUAUCCGUUUUCAGUCAAAACGUAUACUUGCACCAGUUCAUCACAAUGGCAAUGCAAGGGAAUCAAAGUGGAAAUAAUAAAGCUAAACAGUCCCUCGAUCAAGCAGCGAAAAUGUUGGGGCAAAGUAAUUUUGCUAAACAUCUAGCUGCUGGGACAGCGUCGGGAUGGCUCACAGGUGUUGUUGUACGUCACGCUGGAAAAAACGUUGCUCUUAUUGUGGGAACUGGUAUAAUUGUCCACCAGAUUGCUCAUCAUCAUGGAUAUAUUAAACAAGAUUGGGAUACUCUAAAAGAGUUGGCACAAAAGAAAACGAAUGAGUUAGGAAAAGCGACUCCUCUCGUAAACAAGGUGAGAGUGUUUGCCACAAAAAACAAAGUAUUUUCUGCGGGAUUUGUGGGUGGUUUCUUAAUUGGUAUAGCCCUUUAAACAGUGUAUUUAUUAUAUUCUGUAUUUCAUAUUUAUAGAUUUUAUUUAUUGCAUAAAUGAUUUUGUGACUCAGAUUAAUGUGGCAAUUUCAGCUAAUAAAUUCUACUAAUAAAUGUAAA